CAGACAGUGCUCCCCAGUUUCCAUCCUUUCAUCAGCCUCUUCCCGGCCAGCCACAGGCAAACAGCCUCCCCAGCAGCGGACGGACAGGAAGUCUGACAGCUUGAGUCUGCAGUGGGACCCCUAGUGCUUUCCCACUCAGGUCCUGGCAGCGUUCCCCAGAAGUACAAACACACGCACACAGAGCUCCCAUUGUUGCAGCCUUCCCCAGCCCACGGAGCCUAAUAUGGAAUGCAGCAGGAAACCCAUGAUUUCCUGACACUCGGCAGGCUGGAGGAAGCCAGGGGGAAACUCCAUUAAAAAGCCCGGCUCUCCUCCAUGUUAGCUGUGAAGGGGGAAAUGGGGAAGAUUCAGCAAAACCCCGUGUCUGCAGCCGGGCUGGAGAGGGGGAGAGCAGAGUGAAACCCGCAGGCUGGUGAAAUUUCCAGACUGCCCUUAGUGCUCGGUGAAAAUGAGGGUUUCUGGACUCACACUGCUUAGGCAAAAGGGGUUCGUAAUUCUCCCAAGUGUGUGUUACCUUUCUCUGCCAGCAUGGUAAGCCAGAGGGCGUAUGCCAGCUGCCUCCAACAAGUCUGCGGGACCCCAGGUACCCAAAGUAAAGCAAAGUGACCUCAAGCCUGGUGCUUGAGAUCCCUUCCCGCAGCUCCAUGGGCUCUGGGAGAAGCGGGAGAAGCCAGAGCAGCGGCUCAGGCACAGCAGCUGGAGCGGCGAGAAUGAACUGCAAGGAGAGUGACAGCAGCUGCGGCUGCGGGGGCAGCGAGGAGAAGAAGAUGCUGAAGUGUGUGGUGGUGGGGGACGGCGCCGUGGGCAAAACCUGCCUGCUGAUGAGCUAUGCCAACGACGCCUUCCCAGAGGAGUACGUGCCCACCGUGUUUGACCACUAUGCAGUUACUGUGACCGUGGGAGACAAGCAACACUUGCUCGGACUGUAUGACACGGCAGGACAGGAGGACUACAACCAGCUGAGGCCUCUCUCCUAUCCCAACACGGACGUGUUUCUGAUCUGCUUCUCGGUGGUAAAUCCUGCCUCUUAUCACAACGUCCAGGAGGAAUGGGUCCCGGAGCUGAAGGACUGCAUGCCCCACGUGCCUUACGUCCUCAUCGGGACCCAGAUUGAUCUCCGCGAUGACCCCAAGACCUUGGCCCGUUUGCUGUAUAUGAAGGAGAAACCUCUCACCUACGAGCACGGUGUGAAGCUCGCCAAGGCGAUCGGAGCACAGUGCUACUUGGAAUGCUCGGCCCUGACCCAGAAAGGUCUCAAGGCGGUGUUCGACGAAGCCAUCUUCACCAUCUUCCACCCCAAGAAAAAGAAACGCUGCUCUGGGUGUCACCGCUGCUGCUCCAUCAUCUGAGGUGGCGGGACCCUCCGCCACCCCAUUCAAGGACCAGAAGGGCAGCCAGCCAGCCUCUGCAGCCCAGCUCAAGCCCCUGCGGAGGGCGGACCGAGAGGAAGUCCCUGCACCGGGGGCCUCUGCGCCCUGAGCCCUCCACGCACAGCCACUAGCCAGCCCACUGCCACGUCCUCCCUGCAGCCGCAGCCUGCUGACAGCGUGGGAGCAAAGUCCAAGGCUGCCUUGCAUACCCCCCUCCCGUGAACGUGCAGCUGAUGGGAAAUCAUCGCGGGAAAACCCAAAGAGACACUUGCUUCCUGUCCUGGUGGCCUUACUCAGAUGCCUUCUACAAACCAUGAGAAUGCAGCGCUGACCUCUUCUGCUGCAUCGGCUAUUCUACCUGUGUGGCUUACCGUCACUGGUGUUAUUUUAAGAAAUUUACUAAUCUGCCAGUGUCUUCGGGCCUUACACAUCCACGCCAAAAUAGCCUACAGACAAAGUAUUUUGUAUUCAUGUCCGUCUUCAGCCUGUUUCUACCAAAGCUAUUAGAUUAGAACCAACGUGGACCUCUGCAUGCCUGGCUGAGAAGAUACAAGAAAGCCUUUCUGAGGGAAAGCUUUUGGAAAGUUCAGGGCCAUGAUUCUGGAACCUGGUUGAAUGAAUUGUUGCCGGUUACAUUUUUGCCAAAGAUUCACCCCGGAAAUGCUUAUGUUGAUAGGUAGCCGUAUUUUCUCUGUAUUAUAUAUUGUCAUGGCAAAUAAGGAAUGAACUGUGUUUUUAAAAGUAGCAUUUUUGCUUUUUAAUCAAAUUGAUUGGGGGGAGAAUAUGUCAGGCUUAUCCUAUGAAAUAUUCUUUAUUCAGCAAAGUGGACUUUCCUGCUUCCUCCUUUCCCCAUUGCAUUCCCUUUACCUCCUUUGCUUUCACACCUUCUCCCAUUUCCAAUAAUAACCGGAUCUAAACAAAGGGUCUGGCUAUGGGGCGUGAAAAAGUAUGUGUUUAAAAGUCCCCAAAAGUUAAUUUUUCCUAUUGCUUCAACUGAAAGUAUAGUUCUCCACAUGCCCCCCAAUCUGUGCUUUCCCUUUCUGCCAUUUCAGUUACCAUGGUUAAUUGCCAUCUGAAGAUAUUAAAUGGAAAAUUCCAGAAACAAACAAUUCAUAAGUUUAAAAUUUCGUGCUAUUUUGAGUAGUGUGAUAAAACCUCAAACCAUCCACUUGGUCCUACUCAGAACAUGAAUCAUCCCUUUGUCCAGCGUAUCCACACAGCUUAUGCUCCCUGCCCUUGGUCACUCAGUACCCAUCUCAGCUAUCAGAUCAACUGCCAUGCAGGAGCAGUGUCUGUGUUCAAGUGAUCCUUAUUUUACUUAAUGAUGGCCCCAAAGCGCAAGAGUAAUGAUGUUAGCAAUUUAGACAUGCCAAAGAGAAGCUGUAAAGUGCUUCCUUUAAGUGAAAAGGGAUGUGUGUACUAGUAUAAGAAAAAAUUUUAUAUAUAUAUGAUUUGGUUUCAGACAUCCACUAGGGGUCUUGGAAUAUGUACCUCACAAAUAAAGGGAGACAAUUGUACUUCUCAGCUUGCCCCUGUAAGCUCCCAUUCUAUUUAAAUGUCAUUUUCCAACUAUAACUGGUACUAAAAUAUUGCCUCUCCCUAUUUCCUACACUCAUUGUCCCAAAUGUGUAAAAACCCCCCAAAAGGAUUAGUAUUCUUUCUGUAUGACUCUCCCAAACAUCCAGGGAUCUUUCAUCACAGAAUUCAUUGCUUACUAGCUUUUAAUUACAGACUGCAAAGGCUUCUAAUUAGUCUCAUUUGCCUACAAUUACCCUAGAAACACUCAGGUAGGCACUUUACUUUUUUUAUUUCAAUUGCAUAAGCCAAGUGCCUCUUUGCAGCAUGAAAUUACACCACUUUUCGUUUAAGAAUUUCCAGAUUCACACUCCUUCCGUGAGGAAAAUCCAGUCUUCCUAGCCCCUGCAGGAAGCACAUAAACACAGGAGCUCAUGUGUGGGUCUUUUCUGUCAAGACAGCCCAUGACACCCACUCAGUGUUUUGGGUUUUGUGUGUGUGUGUGUGUGUGUUUUUUUACAAUUUCUGAAAUGUGUUUUCCCUUCUUCCACAUUUCAAAUUCUAUAUCCCUUCUCCCCCAUCUAGUUGCUAACAUUCUCUUAGAUACCCACACACACCAACCUAAAAGAAAACGAAAGUUUUGUAAGUCAAAGCUUGACAAGAACACAAGGACUUCCUACCUUUGUAAGAAAUCAACCAUGUAUAAACUUAACUCUGCUGAGGUUAUAAAUUCAUCCUUUACAAACAAUAAUGAGCAUUUAGCCCUGAAAUAAAUGAAGUGCCAUUA